AUGGUUAGUGAAGUAAAUCAGGAUCUGAUUAAUGAAUUAGCUGCAUUAAAAUUGGAAAACGCUAGAUUGCGGAGACAGGUUGAGUCUCAACCUACCACAGUGCAAGAAUAUCCGUUGUCAUUAGAAGAAUAUAGACGGUAUGGUAGACAGAUGAUCGUAGAAGACACAGGAGGUGUACAAGGGCAGGUCAGAUUGAAAAAUUCAAAGGUCUUGGUAGUGGGCGCAGGUGGCCUGGGAUGUCCUGCCUUACCUUAUUUAGCAGGUGCCGGUAUUGGUCAAAUUGGCAUUGUAGACAAUGACAUCGUCGAUACAUCAAAUUUACACAGACAAGUUCUACAUGAUUCGACUAAAGUUGGCAUGUUGAAAUGUGAGUCAGCUAAAGCAGUCUUGAAUAAGUUGAAUCCUCAUGUGAACGUAGUUACUUAUCCAGUAAGACUAAAUUAUUCAAAUGCCUUUGAUAUUUUUGAUGGCUACGACUACGUCUUAGACUGUACUGAUACACCAUUGACCAGAUACUUAAUUUCUGAUGUUGCAGUAAAUUUAGGCAUUACUGUGGUAUCAGCUUCUGGGUUAGGCACAGAAGGUCAAUUGACUGUCUUAAACUUCAAUAAUACCGGUCCCUGCUAUAGGUGUUUUUACCCAAUCCCGCCAAAUCCAAUGUCAGUUUCAUCCUGUCAGGAGGGCGGCGUCAUUGGGCCCUGUAUUGGAUUAGUCGGUACAAUGAUGGCUGUAGAAGCAAUAAAGCUCAUCAUAGGUAUUUAUACACCAGAAAACUUCCAGCCAUUUUUAACAUUAUACUCAGGUUUCCCUCAGCAAACACUGCGUACUUUUAAAAUGAGAGGAAGACAAUCCAAGUGUAUAUGCUGUGGUGAUAAUCGUUCAAUCACAAGGGCUGCAAUUGAAUCCGGCGAAAUCAAUUAUGAGUUAUUCUGUGGAUCUAGAAAUUAUAAUGUUUGUUCUCCAGAUGAAAGAAUCACUGUUAAUAAAUUUAAAGAUGAAUAUUACGACCGUACAACUCAAGACUACGUUUUAUUGGAUGUUAGACCCAGUCAUCACUACGAAAUUUCUCAUUUUCCUGAUGCAUUCAAUAUUCCUGUCAAGAAAUUAAAAGAUAUGCAUGGGUCAAUGGCAGAACUACAAAAGGAAAUUCCUUCCAUUAAAGAGGAUAGUGAAGUAUUGGUCUUGUGUCGUUAUGGUAAUGACUCGCAACUAGCUACUAGACUUCUGAAAGAUGAAUUCAAACUCCCCAAUGUCAAAGAUAUCCAAGGUGGAUUUUUCAGAUAUAUUGAUGAAGUGGAUUCAUCAAUACCUAAAUACUAA